GCCAUAAAAACACAAGUCCUGGCAACCAAACGUUGCAUUCUCACCAACUUCCAUUGAAUUUCUCGGCGGAAGCGUGUUCUUAGUUUGGAGGCUUCAGAGAUGGAGGAGCCCUCAACCUCGACUCGGCAGCUGCGGCAGAGUACCAUGGAGAGAAAGAUGAGUGCCAUGGCGUGUACCAUCUUCAACGAGCUGCGGCUGGAGGGCAAACUCUGCGAUGUGGUCAUCAGGGUCAACGGCAUCGACUUCAACGCUCAUAAGAACAUCUUAUGCAGCUGCAGCUCCUACUUUAGGGCUCUCUUUACCAGUGGAUGGAACAGCAUAGAGAAGAAGGUGUACAACAUCCCUGGGGUGUCUCCGGACAUGAUGAAACUUAUUAUAGAGUACGCUUACACACGGACAGUACCAGUCACCGUGGAGAAUGUGGAGAGACUUCUGGCUGCUGCAGAUCAGUUCAACGUCCUGGGAAUUGUCAGGGCCUGUUGUGAAUUCCUGGAAAGUCACCUUUGUUUGGAAAACUGCAUUGGGAUAUGCAAAUUUGCAGAUUAUUAUUUCUGCCCUGAUCUCAGGCACAAAGCUUACAUGUACAUCCUGCACCACUUUGAGGAGAUUGUGACGGUGAAUGAAGAGUUCCUGGAGCUCUCAGCCGUUGAGCUCAGAGACGUCAUUGAGAAGGAUGAGUUGAAUGUGAAAGAGGAUGUAGUGUUUGAUGCCAUUCUCAAGUGGAUUGCCCAAGAUCCAGACAUCAGGAAAAAGUGCAUUGUCAUCCUACUGCCCAAGGUCAGGCUAGCUUUAAUGAACGCAGAGUAUUUCAUGAACAACGUUAAAAACAAUGACUAUGUCAAGGACAAUGACGACUGCAAACCUAUCAUCAUCAACGCCCUGAGAGCGAUGUAUGAUCUGAACAUGAACGGCCCAUCGAACUCAGACUUCCGCAAUCCCCUGACCAGACCUCGGCUGCCUUACUCCAUCCUCUUUGCCAUCGGUGGCUGGAGCGGUGGAAGCCCCACCAAUGCCAUUGAGGCAUACGAUGCCCGGGCCGACAGAUGGGUGAAUGUGACGUGUGAGGAGGAGAGCCCGAGGGCGUACCAUGGGGCUGCGUAUCUCAACGGCUUUGUGUACAUCAUAGGCGGCUUCGACAGCGUUGACUACUUCAACAGUGUCAAGCGCUUUGACCCUGUAAACAAGACGUGGCAGCAGGUGGCCCCCAUGCAUUCCCGCCGCUGCUAUGUCAGCGUUACCGUCCUGGACAACUUCAUCUACGCCAUGGGGGGCUUCGACGGCUACGUGCGGCUCAACACCGCAGAACGGUACGAGCCAGAAACCAACCAGUGGACACUGAUUGCACCAAUGCACGAACAGAGGAGUGAUGCGAGCGCCACAAUGCUGCACGGAAAGGUGUACAUAUGCGGAGGAUUCAAUGGCAACGAGUGCUUGUUCACAGCGGAGUUCUACACGCCUGAAACCAACCAAUGGACAAGCAUCGCGCCCAUGCGGAGCAGGCGAAGUGGCGUUGGUGUCAUUGCGUACGGAGAAUGCGUGUAUGCGGUUGGAGGAUUUGAUGGAGCCAAUCGGCUGCGGAGCGCGGAAGCUUACAGCCCCCUCACCAACACAUGGCGUACCUUGCCCACCAUGUUUAACCCCCGCAGCAACUUUGGCAUUGAAGUGGUGGAUGAUCUUUUGUUUGUCGUGGGCGGUUUCAACGGCUUCACGACCACGUUUAACGUCGAGUGCUAUGAUAAGAAUACGGACGAAUGGUAUGACGCCCACGACAUGAGCAUCUACCGCAGUGCCCUGAGCUGCUGUGUAGUGCCAGGACUCCCCAAUGUCAGGGAAUAUGCAGCACCGAGAGACAGUCUCCUGGGACUACUUUCCCGCGAGGAACAAAUAAAAUACUCUGCCUCUACCAGCCUCUUAGCAGUAUGA